ACUGUUCACAGCUGAUCAUUUCGCAAUCGAUAAACUUCCUUUCAAGUAGGAUUCUUUGUUUACAAUUUCGUAUUAAAGUCUUGACGCGUUUGUUUCUGGAUUGUUUAAUACUUAAAUAUAAAGUAAAAGUGAGACUAUAAAGUAUUUAAACUUGUAAUUUGUUAUAAAGUGGUCAUAUCUUCCAAAAUGGUUAUAACUAAUAACGUAAAUAUACCUUCUGAUGAAGAAUUGACUGUUCAGGAAGUGAACCUAAGUGGAGUAGUUUUGAGAGCAGCAUCAUUUCACUUGGGAAAGUAUUGUGAAGAUGCCAAUAAUGAAUUUAUGUUAUGCAGAAGAGAAUUAAAUGAUCCUCGUAAAUGUCUGGAUGAGGGUAAAGCUGUGACCAAUUGUAGUUUGGAGUUCUUUAGAAAAGUGAAGAGUUCUUGUUUCAGAGAGUUUACUGAUUUUUAUAACUGCAUUGACAAAAGCAGUCCAAGUUAUGAAUUUGAACCAUGCCGGAAAACACAGAAGAUAUUUGACCAGUGUAUGAUUGAUAACCUUAACCUCGAGCGACCUCCUUAUGGGUACUUUUGUGAAGUCAAAAUUGUUGACUCGGCCAGGCCUAAACCAGAACCACCCAAGAAACCAGUUUAUUCAGAUUUUACACCAGGUCUACCAGAAGAUGCUCCCAAGCCACCGGCAAAGUAUGGCGGAAGACAAAUUCAAAACUAAAACUAAAAUUUGCUUUACGGGGCUAUGUAGUUUAAAAUUUGAUACCAAUAGAUCUACUUUAGAAAUUUACUGGCUUGAUUUCACAUGUUUCUGGAGUUUUUAAUAUCAUAGGUAUACUAAAGCAUUCCUGUACGGGAUUUUUUCAAGUCGGCUAUAUUUCUGCUAAUUGUGUUUUAAUGUGUGUAUCUUAUGGUGUAUUCAAUUUAUUUCUUAAGUUGGUUAAUAAUUUAAUAUGAAUUAAGAUUUUAACUGUUGUUUCUUCUACAGUUGUUAUAUAGGAAGCAUGCUAAUAUAAAUUGUGUACUGAAUAAAAUUAUAUGAUUAAUA